GACACAUUUAUGUGUCCGUGGCUGGUUAAGUGUUAAGACGUACCACGCACAGAUUCAACCGUAGCUGGAGUAUCAUCUGUGGUUCCAUGUGUUCCAUGAAGAAACUGCUGAUUGUAUUUUUUUUGUCUCUUUAUUGCCUGUAUUCUUCCCAAACCGAAGAAAAUUGUGUGCUCGAGAUAUGUGACGUUGAUAAUGGCUAUGAAGCCGGAGAGCAAAUAAUACUCUACUUGGAGCAUAACUGUUCGCAGCAUGAUCCAGAGUGUACUUGGGACAACAGAUCAAACACAGUUGCAAUUUUCACACAGUCACAAAAUGCCUCCCACGAUACCGUUGAAUCAACUCUCAAUAUAAGAAAAGAAGAUGCAGAGAAAGGAGUUCACUCACUGUCUUGCUCCUUGGUCAAUGGCAAGACAGCUUCUGCCCUGAUCACAGUGACAAAAUCGGCUACUCCCAGUCCUACAGCUCUUCCCACCUCAUUUUCUCCUACAAAGAGUGUACAAUUACAAACUACUCCAGAGAGCACUCCGUCUCUGACAGUAGAAGCUCCCACACCUACUGAAACAGAAACACCAGAUAAUAGUGCUAAGCCUCCAGGUUCAUGUUGUGCUGUCGACGUCCUUCUUCUUCUCUUAUUAUGUACUAUGCUGCAGAUCGUGGUUUAGCAUAAUGUAGGAACAUGAGAUGAGAAAACAACGGAGAAAACAAUGCUAAGCCAUUAUUGCUUGUGACUGACAACAUGCAGCGAGCGCACGCGCGCGCGCCGCGCCGUGUGUGUA